AUACAACUCUUGUGUUCUGUUUCACCUAAAACACAAGAAGCUUUGCUUUUUCCUUUCUUCUUUCAUUAAGAGUUUUUAAUUUUUUUUUGCCCUACUGUGUGGGGUUUCUGUAUUCUUUCUUCUCAACAGGUUCUGAUGCAUUCAAGCUUUCAAGGACUAUACUUGGUCUGCGUUUUUCUAGCGUUUUCUAUUGUUGGGUUUUGCGUUUUGGGGUUAAAGGCUUUUGAGAAACGUUUUUUCUUUCAAGUUCAACCAUGCCUGCUCUUGUUAAUUACAGUGGUGAUGAUGAUUUCUAUAAUGGAGGGUCCUUUUAUACAAAUUCUACUGACUUGGGUAGAUUGUGUUCAAUCAGUUUCCAAGUUGAUGUGUACUGCCCGCCUCGUAAAAGAACGCGUAUUAGUGCCCCAUUUCACUUCGGAGAAGCUGAGGUUGAGCAGAAUAAGCAACCAUCGAUCGAUGUCCUCCCUGAUGAAUGCCUUGUUGAGAUCUUUAAACGCAUUUCUGGGGGUAAAGAAAGGAGCUCCUGUGCUUGUGUCUCUAAGCACUGGCUUAUGCUUCUGACCAGCAUUCGCAAGGGUGAAUAUGAGUCAUCAAAGGUGGUCAAGGAGAACGUUGGUUCGAAUUCGGGUGAUGUUGAGAUGAUCUUAUCCGAGGAAGAUGAUGGGUAUCUUACAAGGUGCUUAGAAGGAAAGAAAGCAACUGACAUGAGGCUUGCUGCGGUGGCGGUUGGAACAAGUGGUCAUGGUGGUUUAGGAAAGCUUUCUAUUAGGGGAAGCAGCUCUUCACGUGGAGUAACUAAUUUCGGGCUGUCUGCCGUAGCUCGUGGUUGUCCUUCUCUAAAGGUACUUUCUUUGUGGAAUGUUCCGCGUGUUGGAGAUGAAGGUCUGUGCGAGAUAGCUAAAGAAUGCCAUUUGUUGGAGAAGCUUGAUCUUUGUCAGUGCCCCCACCUUUCAAACAAGGGGCUAAUUGCCAUCGCCGCCAACUGCCCUAAUUUGACUGCGUUGAGCAUCCAAUCUUGCCCAAAGAUUGGUAAUGAGGGCCUCCAAGCUAUCGGAAAGCUUUGCCCCAAGCUGCAGUCCAUCUCUAUCAAGGACUGCCCACUUGUUGGGGAUCAUGGAGUUUCAAGCCUGUUGUCAUCAGCAUCUUCUGUCCUUUCAAAGGUUAAGCUUCAGGGUUUGAGCAUCACAGAUUUUUCUCUUGCUGUGAUCGGGCACUAUGGCAAGUCUGUGACUAAUCUAAUGCUGAGUGGUCUACAAAAUGUGAGCGAGAAGGGAUUUUGGGUGAUGGGUAAUGCUCAGGGUCUGCAAAAGUUGGUCUCUUUUACAAUUGCUUCUUGCUGGGGGGUAACUGAUGUGAGUCUUGAAGCCAUUGGAAAGGGCUGCGCUAACCUGAAGCAGAUGUGCCUUCGCAGGUGUUGCUUCGUUUCUGGUGAUGGAUUGGUGGCUUUUGCCAAGUCUGCUGGUUCUCUUGAGUGCUUGCAGUUGGAGGAGUGCAACAGGGUCACUCAAUCCGGGGUUAUCGGUGUUCUCUCAAACUGUGGGUUGAAAUCUCUUACCCUAGUAAAGUGUAUGGGAAUUAAGGAUAUAUCCUUGGAAGCUCCUUUGUCUUCCUCUUGCAAUUCCCUUAAAUCCUUGUCUAUAAGGAACUGCCCAGGAUUCGGAACAGCCAGCCUGGCUAUGGUGGGCAGAUUGUGCCCUCAGCUUCAGCACGUAGACCUGAGCGGACUUUGCGGCAUUACAGAUGCAGGUCUUCUGCCUCUUCUAGAGAAUUGCGAGGCAGGACUUGUGAAAGUGAAUCUGAGCGGCUGCUUAAACUUGACUGAUGAGGUCGUUUUGCACUUGACCAAGCUACAUGGCGCAACCCUCGAGUUGCUCAAUCUCAACGGUUGCAGGAGGAUUACUGAUGCAAGUUUGGCUGCAGUUGCAGAAAAUUGUGUUUUCCUCAGCGACUUGGAUGUGUCAAGGUGUGCAAUCACCGAUGUCGGUAUUGCAGCCUUGUCUCACGCAGAGCAACUCAACUUGCAAGUCCUUUCGUUUUCAGGUUGUUCAGGAGUAUCAAACAAAAGCAUGACCUUCCUAAAAAAAUUGGGCAAGACCCUGGUGGGGUUGAAUCUCCAGCACUGCAAUUCAAUCAGCACCCAAACCAUUGAGCUGCUCGUGGAAAGCUUGUGGAGAUGCGACAUCCUUGUCUAAUCGGGGGUCGAGCCACUGAACAACUACACUUCUGGCGUUAAAAGACAGUAGAAAUAUCAAUCUCGUAUAGUCAUCUCCCACGGGUAGCAAAAAUAUUUGGCACAGUUUUUCGGUUCAACUAAGUAGCCAUGCGGGUUGGCUCUAUGACUUGGUUCUUUUUCCUGGGGACUUAGGCUCUUUUGCAGAUGGCCUCUAUCCAUCUCAGUUUUUUGCAGGCUUUCUAUGUAAAAGUCUGUUGUAAAUCAAAGCCUCCCUUCACCUGAGGCGAUUUCAUAGCCAUGGUUCCUGGAGGAUUUCAUCAUCAAGUUAUGGUUUUAAGUUUCCAAUCAUCAUCAUCAUAGCUUUUGGUUGUAUUUCUGUUGGAUGUGCCGUUCCCUAGUCGGUGUUUUAGCUUUCGUUGUUUUCAAUCCCAUGAAGUAUGUUGUUUAUAUCAGUCGAUAAAUAUCUUUCUUUCAAGUGUGUUCUAGUGUGUGAAACUCCUCUAAGGCGGUCCUUGAGUGUUUCCUUUUCAACUUUGGCUAUGGUUAGUGGAUCUCUCAUCUGCUAUAACAACCUUCGUUAUGGUCGUGUUGUUUUGUUUUGUUUUGCAAGUCCUUGUCUUGUAGGUUUUUCCCUGUAUAUAUGAAACUGCAACUACUUUGUUAUUAUCAAUAAAGCUUGAUAUUUUACUCUAA